AUGGAACCAGCUUGUAUGAAAAUGACCCUGUUGGUCUUCCUGGCCGUGUUUGCUAUGAGAGCAAGGUCCCAAACUCAGCAUAGCAUUGGGCCCUACACAACGAGCGAGACUGAGCGAUGUGUGUGCCAGCCACACAUCACAGUCAACCCGCCAGUUUGCGGACGAUCCGUUCCCGUGAACUCCGGUACCGGCGGCUACAACUGUACGACCGUACAGGAACUACUUCGUACAGUAUCAAUAAAUCAAGAAGAUACAACACGUAAAGUAGAUACUGUUUCCUCCGAGCUGACCGAUACUAAACGUAUAGUCGAGGAAUUGCAGGACACAGUCGCAGCAAAUCAGGAGACUGUCUCCUCCGAGCUGACCGAUACUAAACGUAUAGUCGAGGAAUUGCAGGACACAGUCUCAGCGGUCUCCUCGGAGGUCCAGGGUUUAAGACGACAGCUUGAAGAUCUUCAAGUGUCUGUUUCUACCUUGAUUGAACUCCUUCAUGUUAGACUUAACCCUCGAAAGGAUUGUUCCGAGAUUCUUGCAAGGGGUGAAUUGAUCAGUGGCGUGUACCCGGUUCAACCUCUAGACUCCGGUGAAGCUUUCCAGGUAUACUGUGAUAUGGAAACAGACGGUGGUGGAUGGACGGUUUUCCAGCGGCGUCAGGACGGCAGUGUAGAUUUCUAUUUGGACUUUGCCAACUACAGCCGGGGCUUUGGGAAUCUAGAGGGAGAGUUUUGGCUCGGUAACGACAACUUGCACCGUCUGACUGCUCAGGGCGAGUACGAACUCCGCGUAGAUCUCACAAGCCUCGACGACGAUACCGGCUUUGCCUGUUAUGGCUCGUUCAGCAUCGCCGAUGUAAGCGAUAACUACACGCUUACAGUGGGAAAUUACUCGGGAACAGCAGGAGAUAGGUUAUCAUACCACAAUAACCAGGCCUUCUCGACCAAAGACCGAGACAACGAUGCCUUGAGUAGUGGUAACUGUGCUGAGGCAUACCACGGAGCCUGGUGGUACAAUGCCUGCUACCACUCCAAUUUGAACGGGAGAUACUUCAAUGAGGCCUCUACGAACGACGAAGGAAUUAAGUGGGUUGGCUUUUCGGGUAACCGCUCACUCAAAACAACUGAGAUGAAGAUUAGAAGGAAAGUUUAGUCCUUAAUUAAGAUGGACACCAUUAU